AAGCGGAACUGCAAUUCUCUUGAGCGCAUCUGUUGCGAUUUAUAUGUGGCAUUAGUUCAGUACGAUAAUGAGUGGCAAUCGAAGCACCAGCAGCAGCGGCAGCCGGAGCAGCGGGAGCUGGAGCAGCGCUAACAACAGGGGAGGCCAUGUGAGCUGCCCGAUCUGCUCGGAGCGUUAUGGGGCGACGGAUAAGAUCUACGGCGGCAGCUGCGGUCAUGUGUUUCACUGGCAGUGCCUGCAGCGCUGGUGGGAGGAAUCAGACAGUUGUCCGAUUUGUCGCAGCAGCGGCGAAGACUAUUUUCAGCUUUAUUUAAACUUUGAGGAAUUGGAACAGGGCCAAAGUCUGGCACAGACGCAGUCGCAUUCAACUGGACAAAGCAGCAGUCCAAGCGACUUGACCAGCGAGUACCAAAAUCUUCUGUAUGAAUCGGAUCUUUAUCGCGACGAGAUUGAGUAUUUAAAUGCACGCAUCAGGAGUUUAACAAUCCGUCUUUGCGAUUCUACUGAUUCAGACUAAAGUGCCAACUAUAUA